AAUUCAAAAUAAUUUCAACAAAAACAAACAACUUGUCAGAUUCAAUCUUAUGACGCAUUCUGGUUAGAAAAUUUCAUUUCAGUAACAAAAAAAGGUUACAUUGAGGUUCAUUACGAUUACACACAUCAUGACAGAUGCCAAAAGAAUGGAUGUUCAUGAAGUACUAGAUGAGGUAAAAGCGCAAAAGGAACAGCUCGAGAAAGAGAUACAUACCAAGACUGAUCUAUGCAACAACUUGAAAAAAUCGCAAGAUGAACUGAUAAUGAAGUUUCAAGAAGCAAAGUUGCAUUCUGAAAAGCACGCCCAAGAGCUAAGUGCCAAAUGUGAAGAGUUGUCUACGCUAAGUCUGCUCCAUCAAGACCUCAAAGCAAGUUUCAGAGAAAAAGAAUUGUCUGUAAAACAACUAAAUUCUGCAACUGAAAAGCUUCGGUCUGAAUAUGGAGAGAAAGUUCAAAAGUUAGAGGGAGAAAACAAAGAGCUUGUCUUAGCUUUAGAUGAAGCAACAACAAAUUUCCUGUCUUUGAAGUCAGAAGUUGAGGCUAGGCACACGGAAAUUGCAAAUCUUAAGAGAGUCAUAUCACUUAAAGAUAAGAAACUACAUGAAAUUGCUGACAGAGCACAGAAAACUAAAGAUCUGACACAAAGAGAUGCAGUGAUAUGUGAUCUGGAGGAGAAACAUAGAGAUGUUCUGGAUCAGUUAAAGUGGAGGAACGAACAGUUUCAACAUCUUGAGGAAGCACACAAAAGGCUUCAAGAUAAUUUUACAUCUUGUAAAGCAGAAUGGGAGAAAGAAAAAUCGUCGCUCAUAAAGGAGAUCUGCUCCCUCCAAACAAGUUUGGAUUCUCGAAUUAGAUUAUCUGAAACUCUUCAGACCGAGUUGAGAAGAUGCAACCAAGCUUUAGCACAUGAAGAGAGCGCAAGGAAACUGCUGGAAGUUGAGGUUUCUGAGUAUAAAGCACGUUAUGAGAAUAAAUCUACAGAGUGUCUUGAAGCAAAGACGGAGUUUGAGAAGUUGACUCAUAAAAGGGACAGAGAAGUUGCAGAAUUGAGAGAUACUUUGGCUGCAAAAGAUUCUAUAUCCAAAGAGAUGGAGUACAGAAUGGUACAUCUGGAACAAGAUAACAAGGAUCUUGCAGCGUCUCUUAAAGAGUUCCAAGAAUCUCAGAUUGCUAGCUGUGGAAAUAUGGGCUCAUUGAAGAAACUUCAAAAGAAGUUUAAUGGUUUGGAACAAGUGCAUAAGAAAUGUGGUCAGUAUUUGAAGGAAAAAGAUGUCCAGUGGAAUUUUGAGCUAGAAAAGGUAAGGAAAGAGAUGGACGGGUAUCUAAUGAAACUGGAAGUUCAGAGGGAAGAAGUUGAACGUCUACAGGAAGACUUGGAAUCUUGCCAUUUAUCGUCUGAAGUUCACAAUGUAGAAAUGUCUUCAGUGGUUCUCGUUUUAGAAUCACAAUUUUCAGAAGCUUAUUCGAAAUUAAAGUUGCAAAACAAAGAAAACAAAGAGAUGGUCCAACAUCUAACAGCACAAUUGGAGAUCAAGAACAAUGCUCUUUGUGAACUAAAGGCAACUCUAUCGAAAAGAUGUGAGGCAUCAUCUGAUGAUAUGAAACAGCGUGGAUUUUUAAUGGAAGAGGUAAUUAAUACCCAUAAGAAGAUGCUUGCUGAAUCACUUGAAAAGCAAACUUUGCUAGAAGAACAACUUCGGGUUUUGGAAGAUUCUAGAAAACAAGAUAAUAGAAAUGGUUCAGAAACUUUACCACAGAAACUUGUCGAGUUGGAGAAAAGGGAACUGUUGGCUGAAAGCCAUAUUGCUCAACUUGAAAUGAAGAAUCAAAGCCUUUCACAUAGAGUAAAUGAGCAAAGUGAGAAAAUCAUCGAGUUGCAAAAGCAAAUUGUGUUACUAGAAACAUUGGUAACAGAAAGUACAGAGACGAUAGAAGCGCAAAAGCAGGAAAAAGAGAAGUAUAUUGAAGUUAUCAAUGCUAAGGAGAGCAGUAUAGAGAACCUUUCAGAGGUUAUUGAAGAGAGAAGGCAGAAGAUGGAAGAGCUCGUGGAAGAAUCUAAAGCUCUAAAAAGCGAAAAGAUCAGUGCUUUAAAGACUUAUGAAGAAACACGGAUUGAAAUAAAUGCUAUGCACCAAGCAUUACAGAAGCUGAAGUUUGAAGUUUCUGAUCUGCGCGAGAAACUGAAGGUCAAAGAUGAAUCUUUGGUGCAGUCAACCCAACGAGCAAAGGAACUUGAAACAUUGAUACAGACUAUCAAAUUAGAGACUGAAAAUCGGAAGAAACAAUCUGAAGGGGAGAAAAUGAGACUGGAGAAUUUAGUGAAGGUGUAUGAGGUUCAAUUGCUAAAUAACAAAUCAGAAACCGAGAAUCUGAAAGAGCAAGCUGAAGACGAGAAAAUGAGAUUGGAAAAUCUAGUGAGGAAGUCAGAGGUUCAAAACCAAGCUUUAAGUGAAUAUAUUAAAAAACUGUUGUCUCAUAAUGAAGAUUUGCUUACUGAAAUGGAAAAGAGCAUCUGGGCAGAUGAGUAUUCUCAGGAUGUCGAGUUAACAGGAAUGCUGGAAAAAUUGUUGAAGAGCUGGGAUACCAAGAAGGGUGAUGUGAACUUACCGGUUUUUCCCUUGCAGAAGGGCAAGAGCGAGAUUGCUGAUGCUGCAAGGUUACCAUUGCUUGAUUUAAACAAAUGUAGCGAUGCUUCAAGGUGUAAUGAAAACCAGAUGGAUUAAGAGCCAGAACUAAGUAGGGUCAAUUUGAAGGGACCAAGGCAUGAGUUUCUUUCGGGUUAUCAUCUCACACUAUGCCUACUGAAACAUGAAAAGCUUGAGUGUAUAGAAGUUAAAGAAGUUUGGUUAUGCUCCACAUCAGACGUUCGCCUAACAUGGUGUUGAAGAUGAACAAAA